AUGAGCUAUGGAGAUGUAGACACAAUCAUAACAGAACUUUCAGAAUCACUUGGAUUAACAAAACACAAAAAGAUUAUAAGUAAAGCAAAAGAGUUAAUGAGAAGAUCAAAUUCUAAAUCACCAAGUAUAGGAGCAUCUGAAUUUUGUAAACCAAGUGCAUUUGCUGGCAAUGCAACCAAGAUGUUCUACAAUGCCGUUAAAUUGAUUCAGAAUCAACUCGGAAUACCAAGACAUCGAACUGUAGCACAGGUCCUCUCCAAUAUACCGGAUAUCAAAUCUGGUAUACCUGAACUUAUUGAACAAACUGAACAUUUAUUAGAACUAUAUAAAAAGAAAUUUGCAGGAGGAGACACUCAAUUACAGAAACAAUAUCUAGAUUUUGAGAAUGUUGAAUUUACAUGUGCUGCACUCUAUACUAUGUUUCAACAAAAUGGUAUGAAUGCUGAUAGUUUUAUAGAUAAAUUAUUGAUUCAAUGCAAAAUGGUUGAUAAAAAUGAAUUUGAUAGAAUUGUAAAAGAUAUAAAGAAUUAUUGUUAUGAUGGAGUACCAACUGUUCAAACAACCAAAGUAAAGACACCACCAAAGAAACAGCCAGCUUUAUUAAAAUUAAAUCUAAAGAGACCAAGAGAAGAUGAUAAAAAGGAUAUACCGAUAGAGAAUAAUAAUAAUAAAUCAGAGGUUGAACCAAUAACCAAAAUAAAUAUAUCAAAUACAAAUAAUAAUAAUAAUAAUAAUAAUUCAAUUUCAAUUUCUUCAACAAAUAUCAAUAUAAUUGAAUCAGAAUCAUUAACAAUUCAAGAUAAAAAACAACCUAAUAAUAAUAUUGUAAAUAUAGAUGGAUCGAUUUCAGUUCAAGAAGAAAGAGCAGUAUUUAAAAAGAGAAAAGAUGAUAAUUUCAAGGAAUGGUGUACAAAGAGAAUCUAA